AUGCCAAAUGUACCUUCAUUAGAAUUAAAUAAAUCAAUUAACUGUGAUUUUGCACGUUUCAAAGUUAUAAAACUUUUAGGAAAGGGAGGUUUUGGUGCUGUAUAUUUAGUAGUAGAAACAACUACAAAAAAAAAAUAUGCCGUUAAAACAGAACUUAUUCCUCAAAAUGAUGCUAAAUUUGAGCCACGUUUACAAUGGGAAGAAACAAUUUUACUAGAAAUUCAAGCACUUCAAGAUGUAAAUCAAAAAAAACAUUUUAUUAAAGUUGUUGAUCGUGGAGUUGUAACUCCUUUAAGAUUUUUAUUAAUGACACUUGUAGGAAAGUCACUUAAAGAUUUAAUUAAAGCAUCAGAUGAACAACGUUUUUCAAACAAUACUUCAUGGAGGGUAGCUGGACAAACAUUAGAAGCAAUUGAAGCAUUUCAUAAUGCUGGUUUUGUUCACCGAAAUAUCAAGCCACAUAAUUUUACAAUUGGAGCAGCAGGGCAAGAAGAUAUUAUUUUUAUGCUUGAUUUUGGACUUGUUCGGUGUUAUACUGGUAAAAAAUUUACUAAUGGAAUAAAAGAUUCACCAAAGUUUGCUGGUACAAUAAAAUAUUGUAGUCGGUCUUCUCAUCUUAGUGUAUUUCAAUAUCCAAAAGAUGAUUUAGAAAGUUGGAUUAUGACAGUUAUGGAAUUUCAUGAUCAUGAAGCUCUAUUUUGGGGAAAAGAAUCAAAUAUAAAAGAAAUUAAAAAUUUGAAAAAUGAUUUAUUUAUUUCUAAAGAACCUAAACAUAUUUUUAGUGAAUUUGUUCCAAUAGGAUACAAGAAACUUGUGACUUAUAUUGGUGAUUUAACACCAUCCAAUUUAAUGAAAAAUCCUAGUGAAAAUAUGAAAAUGAAAAUUAAUUUAGCACCAAUAACUCAAAUUCUUACAGAAAUUGGAAUUCAAUAUAACUAUUCUAAUACAACACCAUUUGAUUGGCAAAUUAAUAAUGCAAAAUCUAACUCUUCUAUAUCAAUAAUUAGAACACAUUUAAAAAAGAAGAAACACCAAAAACAGAAAAGAGCAAGUAUUGAAAAAAUAAUAGAAGUUUAUGAAAACUAA